UUUGAAAUCAGCAUUCGAAAUCAGCGCGCAAAGCAAAUGCAUUAUUAGUUUGCAUUAUUUAGUGAAAAAUCUGGCAUUUUGCUGUUUGAGAAUGCAGCAACUAUCCACAAUUCCCAAGCUGGAAACCGAAACCAUUGAAAUCUUCGUCAGGGAAAAUGGUUUCACCAGCGACGGCGGAGAUGGCAUCAAAGUCACACGGAGAACUCGAACCUAUUUGAAAAAGGUCGUCGAUAAUGUUACUGUCGAGGAUUUGAAGAUAGAAACUCUGACCAAAACGAUCAGCGUCCAGGGUAUUCUAAAGGAAGUUUCGACUGUGAGCACUACUAAGACAAAGAAAAAGAAAAUCGAAGAAUCAAAACCCGUGCUGGGAGUUCAUACGAUAAAAGCUGAGCUUCAUGAAGUAGUUGGAGAUUUGAAAUCGGUGCAAUGUAUGGAUUGUGACAAAGUCAAAGCUAAGUGUACCAAAGUUUACGCGUACCUCGUUUGGUUGCAACAGAAGCAGCAGCAAAUCCUUCAAGAGAUUGAGAACGCAGAGGAAAACAUUACAAAGAAGAUAAAACGCGAACGCAACAUAACUGGUGUUCUCCAGCCCGUUAAUUUGGGUGCUCUGCAGGCUAAAGUUGAAAUGCCAUCAUUGCCAAAACUAAAGAAGGAAGCCGUCGCCAUUUGUCCAUUGGAAAUGGAGUCGGCUAUGAGAUUGUCCUUGUUCAAUCUGAUUCGCGAAUAUCAAGGCAAUGAUCCGCAAGAAUUUCUGCAAUUCUGCGGAAAUCGCAUGCUGGAAGAGAACUGCGGUAAAGCUCAGUUCCUCACCGUUGAACAAGCCGACACUGAUUUGUGGCAUGAGCUGAGAAAAGGCCGAGUCACCGCUUCACGGAUGCACGAGGCCUCCCGUUGCACCAUGCUUAGCGGUUCGCUCACCAACAAGAUAAUGGGAAUCAGUUCCGGAUUUUCGUUUGCCAUGAAAAGAGGUACCGAUUUGGAGGGACACGUUUUUGCCAUUUUGCAGAAAGAGUAUCCUUCCCUGCAGAACACGGGACUGGUACUGGAUCCGGAAUUUCCAUGGAUGGGUGCCUCACCGGACGGUUUGGCCGAUGAUUUUGUUCUGGAAAUCAAGUGUCCUUACACACCGAACACGCACGCAUGCUACAUCGACGUCAAUAAGCUGUCCAAGAAGUACUUCGCUCAGAUCCAACUGCAGAUGCACAUGACACGGAAGACGAAGGCGUUGCUCGGGGUGGCAGCGCUGGAUUUUGAGAGGACGCGUAAUGUGACCAAGGUUUGGAUCGACUACGAUAAGGAGUAUGUGGAUAACAUUAUGGAGGAAGCGUUCGACUUCUGGCAGAAGGGCGUUUUCCCAGCGCUAUUGAGAAAACGUAAAUCGAAGAAGUAAUUGUGGACUUUUUAUUUUAUUGUUCUGUUGUAUUUUAAACUGAUCUGAACUGACUUAAGUUAAGUUAAGGGUACUGGUGACUGCCAUUUUCAAUACUUGAAAUGAAUUUAAAUAGACUAUAAAUAAAUUAUUUGUACGAACUUGUAUAGAACGUCCUAUUGGUAGUACAAUAGAGUUCACAGUAACUGUAAUAACAGCUGGUAAAUUUCAUAGACAUGAUAUGGUAAAAAAAUGUCAAAAAUUUCCUCCACAAAAAAAAAAAUCUCGUUACCACCUCUGUCUGUAAUAACUGUGAGCUCGUUGGUGUUGGUAGAACUUGUGAAAGAAUGGUAAAUA